AUGAACUUUCCACCACCACCCAUGGCUUCCUCAUACGUGCAUCCCAAUAUGACGCCCCUGGGGCCGUACACCUCAGAUCCCAGGUUUGCUGCUGCGACGGCGUCCAUGGCCUCUCGCACCACCAGCUCGUUCUCCAGCGCCGGCGCCGCCGCCUCGUCUUCGUCGCUGUCGCCACCACCGGACUAUGUCGCCCAGCCCUUUACCAGAGUCAACAACCGCACCUACUUUCGCGACCCGGACAACCCAUACCCGCUGCCCUGCGACCUCGCUGAGAUCCAUCGCCAGUCGCUCCGGACCAUGACCAUGUUGGAAGUCUUUGGCGCCCCGUCCUGUGCGCCGCGGCUCCAAGGGAAGCGUCCGAAACGGGUCCUGGAGUUGGCCUGUGGGUCGGGUCUAUGGUCCAGCGCAUGCCACAACCAUUUCGCGAGCUACGGCGAAAAGGACACUUCUUUCAUCGGCCUGGACAUCACAUCGGUCGCGCCAGAUCUACGCAAAAUGGGCGUCAAUUGGCAGUUUGUGCGACACGAUCUCCGCAAGUCCUCGCUCCCGUUUCCAUCCGAGCACUUUGACUUUGUCUUCAUCAAAGACGCCAGUCUGUGCCAGUCGGCCACCGCCCAGCAGGUCGAUCUGCUCAGCGAGCCCUUGCGCGUCCUCAAUCGCGGCGGCAUCCUCGAGGUCUGGGAUUCAGACUAUGUCUUUCGCGCGCUUCUACCGAAUCCCACGCCACCUCCCCAGCUGGCCGAGAAGGACCACGACCGGGCCCAUUCGACUGCGACCUAUACCGUCUCAUCGGCGACUCCAUUCGCGGCGGCACAGAACAAGUAUUUGAUCGACUAUAAUUCGUGGGUGGAAAAGGCGUUUGAGAAGCGGAAGCUCACGGCCAUGCCUUGUGCCACCAUCGGUCUAUCGUUUACUGCAGAGGCCGAUGCCUUCACCAACAUGGGAGGCCGUCGCAUCGCCAUCCCGCUCGGAGGAGAUGUGCGAUGGGAAAAUACCACCAAGCAGAUGAAGCUGACUCCCGAUCAGCUAGCUUUGCGUCAAACUGCUCUGGUCACCAUCAUUCAAAUGAUCGAAGGCAUGGAGCCCAUUCUGCGGGAAGCGAGCGGAAAGACUCAAAACGAGUGGGAUAAGUGGUGGGCUUCCAUGACGGCAGAUCUACUCCAAAAGAACGGCCUUGCCAACGGCGAGUGUCUUGAAGUAGGCGCCUGGUGGGGGCAAAAGAAGUAA